UUCCCCAUGAGCAGUAGCGCCGCUGUCACAUGACGUCACAUGUCAACAUGGCUGCCGCUGUCUCCGGCGAACAUUUCGACAACUUGCAGCUUCUUCUGAAGGCUCCGUCCAAAGACGCUGUGAGGGACGUCUGCGUUCAGAGUCACAGAGGACCGAGUCACCAGCUGGUAGACGCCACGGCAACCACGCUCAGCAUCACCACAGCCCAGGCUGCUCAGCUGGUCCAGUCCCUCCAUGUUGUGUCCCACCACGUCCUCUUCUAUAACCUGGUCUCUCCGGACCAGAUCCUGCAGCUGUUCCCAGACUCGUUCCACUCCAGUCUGAAGAACCUGAUCACCAAGAUCCUGCUGGAGAACAGUCCCACGUGGAGAACAGAAGCUCUCAGUGAUCAGAUCUCUCUCCCCCAGCUGAAGGACCUGGACUGGAGAGUUGACCUGGUGACCGGUUCAGACUCAGUCAGUCGGAUGUCUGUCCCCACCUGCCUGGUGCAGCUCCAGAUGGAGGAUCGGUGCCCGGCGGCGGGCGGCGAGCCGGGCUCGGCCGUGACGGUGGAGCUGAGCCGCGAGUCUCUGGACACCAUCCUGGACGGGCUGGGACGCAUCCGAGACCAGCUGUCCUCGGUUGCCGCGAAAUAAGACCUCAGGGUUCCCACGGCAACAACAGGACGCGCUUGGACCGAAGCCGUCUGGCGCCCAGAUCCAUCCACCGUGAAAAUAACCGAUAAGAGUUUCAGCCGCCAGUUACAAUAACCCAUUCUGGGCUUUUCUUCACAAGGUUUUGUUGCUUUUUUGGACAAUUUUGCAGCUUUUUCGUGAUCUGAUGUCAGGAAGUUGUGUACGUAUGGCACGGCAAUUCAUAUAUUACGCCGUUCUUGGCCCUUACAUUUUGGGCCUCAUAAAGGCCCCCCCAAAAAAAGUUCCUCAGCCAGCGACAAAUACGUUGAAAAAAGCACCGAAAA